CAGGAACAACAGCAGCAGCAGUAGCAGAAACAGCAGCAGCAGCAGGACCAGGUUCAUUUGCGCCGCAGCAACAUCACUGACUGCUGCCUGUCGCCUGCGCAGUGACAUGGUUUGCGGGACUCGGCUUCUGUAGCCUCGAGCCACUUCAUUCAGUCGCUGUGUGUGAGUGAGUGAGUGAGUGAGAGAGUGAGUGUGUGUAGAUGAGUGAGUGAGCAGUUAAGGAGCAGGAAACAGGAGCCUCCACAGCGAGACCAGCAUCACCUGCCUUUCAUCCCGGCUGUCGUGCGCACCAGCCCCGCUGAACCGGAGCAGGGACGUCCCUCCACCCCCCUCUCUGCCGCUCUCUCUCCAUCCCCAUCCCCAGCUGCACCGACUCUGCCUCGGCUGUAUCGGGUGUGAAAAAAGUGGACCGGCCUGAGCUACGGUUGCUGUCGCUGUCGUCGUCAAGGAAACCGAGGAGUGGAAACUCUGUCCCGUUAUCAUGGGGAAACAGAACAGCAAGCUGCGGCCAGAGAUGCUGCAGGAUCUCCGGGAAAACACGGAGUUCUCCGACCACGAGCUGCAGGAGUGGUACAAGGGUUUCUUAAAGGAUUGUCCCAGUGGAACGCUGAACGUGGAGGAGUUCAAGAAGAUCUACGCCAAUUUCUUCCCCUACGGCGACGCCUCCAAGUUCGCGGAGCACGUCUUCCGGACCUUUGACACCAACGGCGACGGCACGAUAGACUUCAGGGAGUUCAUCAUCGCCCUGAGCGUGACAUCGCGGGGGAAGCUGGAGCAGAAGCUGAAGUGGGCGUUCAGCAUGUACGACCUGGACGGAAACGGGUACAUCAGCCGAGACGAGAUGCUGGAGAUCGUGCAGGCCAUCUAUAAGAUGGUGUCGUCUGUGAUGAAGAUGCCAGAGGACGAAUCCACGCCAGAGAAGAGGACGGAUAAGAUCUUCAGGCAAAUGGACCUCAAUAAUGACGGCAAACUGUCCCUGGAGGAGUUUAUCAAAGGUGCCAAAAGUGACCCGUCCAUCGUGCGGCUACUCCAGUGCGACCCCAGCUCUGCCUCGCAAUUCUGAACUCCCCGCCCCUCCCCAUCAUCAUCAUCAUCAUCAUCAUCAUCAUCAUCCUCCUCUCCUCCUCCGUUGCUCUUAAACCGGUCACUGAAGUCGAUGCAUGAUGGUUCUCAUCUCUCUUAUCAUCUUUCUUUUUUUUACGGUUGUUGUUGUUGUGGUUGUGUGCGAGGAUGGAGGAGGGGCUUAAGAAGAGUCAUCGCUCGUCAUUUUGUGUUUGUUGCUUUGAUUUUUAUAUUUGGGAAAGAUGAAGGGAUGAGUCUACGCUCACGGAUGGACCAGCGCUCCAUCCCGUGUCUCUCUCUCUCUCUCUCUCUCUCUCUCUGGAGCAUCAUGUUUUCAGGGAGCUCGUGAUUUGUUAUUUUUUGUUUUCCGUGUCUGAUUCACGUUGUAUAUCAUGUACAUAAUAUAUGUGUCUGUAUAAUGGAUCAUACCACGAUGUAUGAUGGUGCACCACACGCUGGCAUUCCACAGGCAGUAUUAUGUAGCGUAGCUUCCUGGUGUGACAUGAAAGGCCCGACAUUUUAUUUAUUUAUUUAUUUCUUUAGUAUCUACUCACAUUUUAUAGAUUUGUGUAUUUUUUUUUUUUUUUCAUUUGUACAUAAUAUGUUCCUCCAUUUUAUUGAUUUCCUUGUUGAUUUUUACACAUGCAAGUGUUUGCCGAGAUGACCACGUCACAGUUUACAGUCACAGAGAGGAGGAGGAGGAGGAGGAGGAGGAGCAGGAGAUCAUGUUGAUCUCUUUUUGAGAAGCAGAAGAAAGGAAGGAAUAAAUAUGAGGUUCUUGUCGAUCCGUGGCACCAGUAGCACAUUAUGGUUUGUUUCUAAAAAGUGUGGCCGUGCAUUAGGCUCAUGAAUGUGGACGCUGGAGGCUGAACUUUGACAGUAUUACCAUGUUGUGCUGUUUCCUCAUUUCUAAGUAUUUGAAAAACAAAAGACGAGCAGUAAUCUUAAAGAGUCCUCACCCGUCACUAUACUGCAUGUUCCUACGAACCAGACGACGACGACAUCCACAAAACCAGUUAAAACGCACAGCCCCG